AUGCCGGCAUUCAACACAACUAUUGAUGACGUUAGCCCUCUCAUAACAUAUCUCCCGCUGGAGUCGUGGCACUUUAACACACAAGAGAAUGAUAACUACUCAACAGCUUAUGCGAAUGGUACAGCUACUUUGACAAGCACACAGGGCGCCACAGCGACUUUUACGUUCAACGGCACUGGCGUGUGGUUAUAUGGUGCAAAAAGACCAAACCACGGAACCUACUCGGUGCUACUUGAUCGGGUCCAGAAGUUCACAGGGCUUUCAGGAUCAAGAAGUGAUGGAUUGCGGGAUCUUAAUGCCAGAGGCAAUGAGUUUCAAGCAGUGCUAUGGGGGAUAUCCAAUCUUAGCCCUGGUCCUCAUGAGGUUGUCAUAACGAACGAAGAAGCUGCGUAUCUUGAUAUCGACUUCAUCACCUGGGAAAGUGUCAUAGGCACUGUUUCCUCGCCGAUGAACUCAUCAGUACUACUACCGAGCGACUUCAAGACGAACGGUGCCGGAUGGGGAACUGCCUCUACAAACAGUGCUCUCAAUGCCACCUCGGGGAUAUACACCGAUGCACCGGGAGACUCGGUGAUAAUCAAUUUUCAAGUAUGUGAUGGUGUGGAAAUAUAUGGGUCAACUGGAACGAUGUGUGGUCUCUACGACGUUCAACUAGACGGCGGGGCUUCCACUACAUAUAACGCCUCCCGGUAUCUUACCCAGUCGAAUCAACUACUAUUCGUCGGUGCUGGUCUGGGCUCUGGACAACAUACUCUCGUGUUGACGAGCGACCAAAUGUCGAACGGGAGUCUGGUCAUCGACCAUGCGCAAGUAAAUGUUGCCGAAUCCUCGACGAGUACAAUCAGUCCUCUAACACCGCCUUCGACUCCGGGAGCUACAAAUACCUCUGAUGGAGGCACCAAUAAGGCUCUCGUCGGCGGUUUAGUAGGAGCUCUGGUCACUUUAGGAGUGCUGGUUAUGUUGGCUGGUCUCUAUUUAUGGUUGAGGCGACGGAAACGACAAGCGCCUCUCUCCACAAUGGGUACCAUCUCAAAGUUCGAAGCGUUUGGUAGUGAUCGGACUUCACCACCUUCGACGCAAGGCUCGAUACGUGCUGCAACUCUUUCGGAGCUAUUCCGAGUUAAUCUGGAUGAUGAGGAUCAUUCUGAUGUCUCCAGGGCUUCACGCAAGACGGGCUCAAGUUCGGGUUCUCGUAACCACUCGAACCACUCGCACCAUUCGCACAAGACAGCCGACUUGGGCUCACCAUAUAAGUCACAUGGAACGAAAUAUAGGACGAGGUCCGAUGACAGUGGAGGGAAAGGAAGACAUACACACAGCCCGAGGCGCGGAUACGACGAACAGCCACGAAUCGCAUCUCCCAAUCAUCUAUCGAUAGACGUACGUCUUGGAGAGGCAUCAAGUAGCAGGAUACCAGACGUAUCCGGAAGUAGACCAAGCAGUCGAUCGCACGGAAGUCACAAUCGCUCGUAUCAACACUCACCACACGAUAUCAACCCCAACAGAGCCGCCCGUCCUCUUCCCACCGUCCCUAAAAUAAAAUCUAAGUCCGACAUGAACGUGAGCAUCGUGAAUUUACCUCGUCCCGCUCCACGCCCUUCGCAACCACAUAGCCGCGCAAGUAUUAUGAAGGGAGGACGACGACGAUCCACUCGCGAUUCACGAAUCCUACGCGCCGGUUACAAUUUCUUCUUCGCUAAACCCGGAUCGAGUAACUCCGGUUCUGCGUAUGCUCCGUCAACUGUGCUGACCAGCGAGAUUUCGGAGCGCCCGACAACAACUUUGUCUCCAGUCACAGAGAUACCUCCUCCACCGCCUCCCGUGCCAGCAUUACCACCUCAACCCUCACGACCUCUGCAAAUUGUCAAUCAAGUGGACGAAGAGACUGAGACCGAGCUAAUGUAG